AGGAUUUUGUUGUAUUACUUGAAACCCAAUAAUGCCCCCUGCUUGAUCUUGUGGUCCCACAUUAUGUGAUCCCGCAGUUGUCAGCAAUCCAUUAUCUCUUUUGUCCCACCCGUGUUUAUUGUGUGUCACCCACCUCAUUGUUUCGCUACUUCAUUUCGAAUUGAUAUUGACCAUAAAAAAAAGUACAACGCCCACCAUGGCUAUACUAGCUUCACAGAACGUUCUCCGCACCUCCGGCCGCUCCUCCCGGCGGCAGAAGAAGGGGAUAUCCGUGAUGACGGCGGUUUUUGGGUCGGUUGUCUUUCUCCUCCUCGACACACAACUCUUCCCUUACUUGUUCGGCGACCAGCACGUCCCCCUGACGGCAGAUUUUUAUAUCAAAAAAAAUAACUCUCGUCGGGAACAAAAGAUGCGAACCAUUUAUUUGAACGAGAAUUCAGUUACGAAUCCUAUACCGCAGACGGGGGAGCUGCUGGUCGAAGAGCACCACACGGCAAGAACCAGUACAUCGCCCGGAAGUAGCUCUACAACAGCGGCAGAUGUUAAAAAUGAUGUCAAAGAGCAGGUGUUGGGAGCACAGCAGGAGUACAACGAUGAUAUUAACGCCAAUUCUGGCGCUCCGUCCUUGUUCAACAUCGCGUCUUCAUUCGGUAAAAAUGGUAAAAAUGCUGCUAUCACUCUGGAGGAAGAGGAGCUCGAGGUUUCCGGGAACGUGUACGUGUUAGAGAUCGCCGUGGUCAUCAUUCUCUCGCUGCUCUUCGAGUACUGCGAGGACAUGCUCCGCGAGAACCUGGCGAGGAAGGAAAAGGAAGUGGCGCUGGAUAUUUUGGACUCCUGUUUCGGAGAAUUGACCGUGCUGGGCUUCAUCGGUAUUGAAGGUUUUCGCACGACCAAAAACUAGAAGAGGCUCCUUAAAAUCAUGUUGUAUAUCGACCUGUAAGGUGAAAUAUCUCAAAAAUAUUGUGGUUUUUGCAAACGCAAGCUCCGCGUGGAUGACCACGUCGUCGAGAUUGAUGUGAACGUGAAAUACUACUCGCUUUUCAAAACUGUCAAUGUCAUAUACGUACUAUCAUCCCAGGUCUCGCCGUGUUUAUUUCCACGAAAACGGGGGCUGCGACGAGAUUAGCGGAGCGGCUAGUGCCCGGCUACGACGGCGAGGGGGAAAACCCACUGUCCGAGUCCUUUGAGAAUGUGCACAUGUGCAUCUUCUGCGUGAUGAUGGUAUUCAUGUUCCAGGCGGCCACGUUGAUGUACAUCGCGGAAGACUUGGACCGGGUGUGGGACCGAUGGGAGUCCAUGUCGCCCAAGGGCCGGUCGAAUUCUAUCGAGGCGGUGCUGAAACGCGCGGGGUACGUGGACCGCGACGGGAACCGGGUGCAGUCGUUUAGCCCGGGCACUUUCCGCGAACGCAUGUGGCACCAGAAAAGCCACAAAAUGGUAUAGAUGCUUGGAAUUUGCACUUCGUAUGAACCCAUGAGUUUAAUAUUACGCUGUGAUGUACUUGUACUACUAGUCGUGUAUGUGCAGUCGUGAAGUAGAUUUGAUGAAGAUGCCUUUGACAAGAACACCGUAGAUACCAAUUUGUUUCAUCUACCACGACAAUUUCUUCACGACAGAUGGUUUUGUGGCACGGGCUCCGGCAUUUGUUUUGCUAUCCGGUGGCGAUCGACGAGGACGAAAAUCAUUUGUCCGACAUUGUGGAGGUCAAGGACCCGGCCUCCUUCGAUUUCCGGAUGUAUUUGUCCAGCAAGAUGGGCCAGCUUUUGACGGAUCUCGUGGAGGUCGACAACCGCACGUGGCUCUUCGCGCUGGUGGUCGUGGUGCCGUUUGUGUCCGUCGCGACCACGGUCUCCCCGGUCGUCAUUAUGGUGAUGCAAACCGUCAUGGGGCUGAUCUUCUCCUGUACGAUGAAUUAUAUGAUUGUUGUUUAUAAUGAAAAGUAAAAACUUGUGUGCGGCCACUCGAUUGGUGGGGGGGAUGGGCGGGUUUACGUUUAAUAGAGGAACUAUCUAUUGCACAAAAUCAAAAUGAACUUGUUGCGUCGGAACCGGAAGUUGUUGGUUUUUUUGGAUUGCGGCUGCUCAGUCUUUUCUACUAGUGGUACUCAAUGAAAAGCAUGAUGAAGAUGUACUUCAUGUACGUUGGCUUCGAUUUUUAAUCCAAAACCAAAACAGGUAUUUUCGCGUGGCUGCUUUCCGACCUAACGCGUGUGGAGUACAACCUGUGCCCGCAGCUGGGCGCGGACGCGCCGGAGUGGCUGGAGUACAUGGCGGAGAAGGAGUUCAACACGAUGAACAACGCAGACAAGAUAUCCUGAGUAAAAACGUCCCCACGACCCCAGAGUUGUCAAGAUGGGGACUUCGCAACACAAACCUAGAAGUUCAGAGAGUCACGCAUGACAAGUCGCACUGCUUAGUGUAGUAGUGUCAAGCGGCAAUCUGCGGCCAUGGUGCAAUGGGGGGGAAAAGUGUGUCGCAUUUUGUUUAGCAUGACCAGUCCGGUCGUGUGGGGACGCUUUUACUCAGGAUACAAGAAGGGUCGCAAAAUCGUCGCGAUGGGCGUCACCCGCGAGUCCCAGGCGCCGGGGGCAGAGCACAUGGCGAAGGGGGGACUGCUGAACGGGGACGGCAUGAGCGCCGAGUUGCGGGAGCGGUUGCUUUUCAAAGAGUCCACCACGCUUGCGAGCCUGAUGGCGCCGGUGCACUUCCGGAUCCUGGAGCGGCGGUCCGAGCUGGAAAAGAAGCAGAUGGAGAGCAGCAGCAAGGACGAGUACUUGGAGAAGGUCGCGGAAGAGAUGGGGGAGAACAAGCGUCCGCUGCACGUCCGGCUGCUCGGCGGCAAGGAGGACUACAUUCCGCACGAGCACUAUCCAAGAAAAAAACUGUGUUAUUGUAACUUUCUUUGGCUGGUGACAGCAUCGCAAAUUUAGAUUUUCUCUACGUGACAGAGAAAACCUGUCAUGCGUGGCCCUUCUUGUAAGAGAAAACACACAUGAAGAGAAGACUUCAUGGCUGUCUGGCAUGACAGGCGUAACUCUGUUGCAUGUUCUGCAUUUUUACAGAGUUCCACUCACAGAGUUUUUUUCUUGCAUAAGCACGACCGGCUGUUCCACUUCCACGAGUUCGGGGUCGGGGUGUGCAACCAGAUCAUGCGUACCAUGAUGUUCAUGGAGGCAAUCCUCGUCGCGUCGCUACUGGUGGUCCUGGUCGUCUUCCCCAAAGGCCCGGUCGGGUGGGGCUUGUUCAUCUUCUCCAUGCUCCAGUGGCCGUUUCAGUUGUUGGUGUUGCUACCGAAGAUCAUCACGAAGUUAUCGCGAGGAAAAUUGCCCCCUCCCCCAAGGUUGCAAAAAGUUGUGAUGCGAAGUUUCCAAAUGAAAAACUUUGCAUGAAAGGAGUAUGGAUCUUUCUGAUGCAGAGGCUAGGCGUGUUGCGCAUCGCUUGCAUGACAAACGCCGCUCUUGCUGGGAUCUUUUGCAAUACAAAUUUCCGCUAUUCACGAUCGAAAAUCAGCACGCUGAUUGAUGCAAGAGGGCGAGUGUUUCACUUGGAAAGGUUUGCAAUACAAAUGCUUUCAAGUUCGGGGGUCGGGGCAUUUUUCAUUGUAAUAGAAGUACUGCAUCGUGUCCUCCAUCGAGUGCUACAAGGACCACGAGCUGAUCAACAAGGUCACGUUAUCCGUGAAGGAGCGCCGCCUCCGGGAGGCGGUGUCCCUGAUGCAGAUGGUGAAGCUGCGCGGCCGCAUCGAGCGGCUGGGCGGGCACCGGUUGUCCAAGCAGAAAUUCGACGAGCUGUCCGAGAAAUUCGACCACUUUUCCGAGGACAAGCUAUUACAGUGCACAACUCCCCCUCGUUCUCAUUUCUCAUGCAAAACACCAACUCCACGCUUUCCCUCCUGUCACUAUUAUUUUUGGUAGCCCAAAUCGCACUAUGCCCCAGUGCAAUUUGACAUGAUGAUACGUUUGCUGCCUUAUGCUGUGCUCCUUUUCUUUGGCGCUAGCAAGGCAAUAAGAUUUCAUUCUCAUGUCUGAUCGGCAAGAUACUCUUCAUCUUUUUAAAUAUUUUUAAGUGCUAAAACAUGAUAUUUGUUGGGUGCCUCGCUUUCUUCUGCGCCUUUUUCCGCUGGGGCUCGCUUUCUUCUGCGCCUUUUUCCGCUGGGGCUCGCUUUCCCGCUGGGGCUCGCUAAAACAUGAUAUUUCCGUCUUCGGGUGCCUCGCUUUCUUCUGCGCCUUUUUCCGCUGGGGCUCAUCUUUGCAUGACAUCGGAGAAUAUCUCAAUAUAGAAACAGGGCUAGUAGAAAUAAGUAAAAGUAAAAAUUUUAUUGGUUUACGUAACCGGGGGGCGGCUUGAUGUCUGCGGCGGAUGAUGACAGUGUGCACACUCCUACAAGUAUAUGGCUGCCGGGCUGCUUCCCGGUCGGUCUAGUACAAAUAAACAUUUCGCCACUGAUCCGCUAAACACCUUGCUGCCAGCCCCGCCCGCUCGGGGGUUAAUUAUCUCUAGACAGGGCACCAGCUGCGGUUGUCCUUUAGGGCGUUCGAGUCUAGAUAAAAAACUACCAUGCGUAAAUCUUCAAUUUUGCAUGGGCUCUUGGUGGCUGCUUCCACCGCGGGAGAGUAUAAAAACGCAAAACAUAAGUCAUUGACCACUGGGUCGCUGUGACGCCGUGCCUGCACGCACCAUCAGAAGUGCGACGAGGUGCCAAUCGUGUUGAUGCACGCACCAUCAGAAGUGCGUUGAUGCGCGAGGGUCGUGAAUGAAUGAAUGAAUUUGUAAGCUUAUCGGCCGUUGUGCCAUCGGGACUUCCUGCCCGCUGACCACCAAUGUCAUGCAAAACCGGCAUUCGGGCUGAUCCUGAUGCUUGUAUUGCUGUUCAUGCUAUACAAAUGAGGGGGAGGGGGAGUUGUGCACUGUUAUACAAGCAGCGCCACAUCGAGAAGGCCUUCGUCCACAUGGAUUUCGACCACUCCGGGCAGAUCGGGGUCGAGGAGCUGGAGAAGUUGAUGUCCUCGAUGAACAUUCUAGCCAAUUCCGACGUGCACAAAAACGCGAAGCAGCUGGUGCACAUGGUCGACAUGGACAAGGACGGCAUGGUCGAUUUGACCGAGUUCAAGGUCCUGAUGGCCCUCGCGUACGAGAAGCAGGACCCGAUGGAGGAAAUCCAGGACUUCGACAAAUUUUUCGACCUCAUCGACGUGGACAUGGACGAGGCGCUCGCGUUCCAGGAACUCGCGCAGUUCUGCCGCGACAACUUCGCCAUCCCGAUGAACAACGCCGACAUCGGGGAGCUGGUGUACCGCUGCUUCCGCACGGUGAAGGCGGAGUUGACCCGGGACGAUUUUAUCGUUUGGAUGCGGUGGCUGCAGGACUGCGAGAAGGGGCAGAUGAGCGAGGACGCGAUGCGGGUGGAUCGCGGGUUCGGUUUACUGUGAGGAAAAAUCCCCCCUCCCCAUAUUCAAAAGGUAGGUUUCUAAAAAUUUGCGAUGCGGGUUUGCGACCACAAAUCCUGUCUCUGUUGCAAGAAGGCAAAUUGAAAGAACCCGCCGCCUUAUGGAGGCGAUUUGUAGUGCUGUUUCACCUACAUGGCAGGCCUCUGUCAUGCUGAGCGCCUACAGCAAAACACCUCUACGCAGGCUGGGGCUUUGCCUCUAGUGCUUCACUGCAAGACAGGGCUGAUUUCUGUACACAAAUCCAGCAACAGAAGUUUCCGUUUCAAUAUGGGGAGGGGGGAUUUUUCACUUUGAUACGGUUCCGGCUCCGAUCUGGACACGCCGGACGAAAACGUGGACCAGUCCGCCAAGGGGUUCGACCACGGCAUCCAAGCGCCACUGCACGGCCACCACAAGAGCAGCGACUUCGACGCGGACGGCGUGCGCACCUCGAAGCACCGCGACGACCCGCGCGAAGCGUCGACGGACGAAGAUAUCCUGGAGGAAGAUGCUGACGAAACGCAAAGGCGAAGAACAAGUAACUCCUUCUUCUGGCGCAGCAGCGAUGCGCCUGUGGUGGGAACAGGCGAGAACGCGCCCGCGUCGAAAUCGCACCGGAAGUCAACGAGGUUGAACAAGCGGGAAAGUGUGGGUAAUGGCGCGGCGGUGAACAUCAAUGAUGCUGUCGUUGUUCCAGUGGCGCGAGGGGGCGCAAGUCAACAAACUCCUUCAUCUACUGGAAAGAAGCGUCAGUCCCAGCACCGUUCCAGUGGCUUUUACUCGAUCGAUAACAAGCCGGUGUACAUGACAAAUGAGUCUAAUCAGAUGGUCUCCAUGCUGACGCAGAAUUCCGUGGAACCGGUCCGGCUGGAAAUGAGCACAGCACCUGCAACAAAUAAUGCUGACAGCACGACGAUGUUGAAAAACUCGUCAAAGACUGUGCCUUUACUUGCGAAUCAGCAACAGACUGUAGUUGUGGACGAGCAGGAGGCCACUUGUGCGAACAACAAACCGCCGAAGAGGCGAGAGAGCACCAGUCGGCGGUUGAGCACGAAAGCGAAUACCGCGAACUCGCCUGCUAUGCUGGCGCGCGGGGACACUCAGCAAGGCUUGCCGGUACCGCCUUCUUGGCAGAGGGAACAGGAGAUGCAGGCGGAAAAAAAGGCGCGCUUGUUGCUGAUGGGAAAGUCGGAAGUCCCGGGGAACCUGGAAGGCGAGUUUGUGUGAUUUUUCGGAUCAUCGAUUGGUGCUGCUGUCCUCUUAGGUGCGAGAAGAUGCCCGUAGCUGCACCAUGCUAGAAGUAGCAUUCCCUUUGUGUAUAGAUUCAUUGUUCCACCCCAAAUGUUGGUAUGUACCGCUAUGAAGAACUACCCAAAGAAAUCUUUCAAUAUUGGUGUACUAUUUUAGCCGUAACCAAAGCCAUACAUAGAUAAAUCCAAUUAUGUCCUACUUACUACCCACGUUGUUGUCACACGUAAAUGAUUCAUUUCAACAAGAAUUCUAGUCACGUUUCGGUUUCUGUAUCGAAGAAAUUAAUACACAGAUUUCUUCCAUAUUAGGAACAAACGGCUUAUAAUUUCUUUUGCAAUGACCCCGGACGUACGAGUGACCCCCAAUCGCUGUAGAAGCUGCACUGGACCACUGCGAUGUGAGUGGGAAGGUGAUCCGAAUCGAUGCUGUGCUAGAGGCUCGUGUCGCAGCAACAUCAAGUUUCGCACUCACAGAAGAAGCUGAUUGAACACUUAUCAAUAUGGUCGGAGUACUAGAUCCAACAAAAGUACUAGAACAUGCUUCCCGCUGAACCUGGAUGGUUGCUGUUGCAAAUGCUAACAGUAACUACAGUAACUUUCAAUACGCAUACGGUGGUCCGCCGGUCUCGGUUGUCAAAAAAAAAAUUUGCAGUUAUAAUAUUUGCUUGCUAGUUGUGGUCCAUUGAUCUUCUGGUAACCAAAUGCGUCCGCGCGCGGCUCCCCAAUUGCCGAAACAAAUCCGAUCGGUUCUUCAAUAUCGGUGUACUUAAUCAGCCUGGUGAGAAGGUGAAACGUGAAAUGAGGAUCUUAGCUCUAUUCGCCCGAUGUGCAGUUCUUCAGUUUAAUCAAGGAUCCCCAGGAGCAUCAAAGUUGUGCUUUCCAGUAUAAAACAAGGAAGAUAUCGGUAAGCGUAAAAAACUUCUUCACGCGACGACCUCAUGCAAGGAUCCUCGGAAACGGAAAUGAAUUCGAUCACCGAUAGAUCUGCACGAGUAAACGCAAAGUGUUUAUCACCGGUCGGCCAAGCAUCAAGGCACAUCGAUAUAGAACAAGCAGC